ACAUUCAGUUCAACAACCGACCUCGUACAGUAAACACCUCUAUCUUUUUGUACAUUUUUAGUCAUAAUGUUUUUAAAAGUUUUAUUUCCAAAUUUUCAUACUUCUCAUCAUGAAUCAUUGAUAGAAGUGAAAGAGAAUUACAAAAUUAAAGAUCUUAAAUUUCAGUUGGAAAAGUUAAUUAAAAUACCAUUAGGACGUUUACAAAUUUCGUAUUUUGAUAAGAUCCUUGCGGACGACAUUCUUGUACACAAUGCCUAUGACAAGGUGAAGGACCUCGUGGUACGGGACAACGAUAAGUGGUUAGGUCUCUUAAGAGGUAUGGAUGAUGUCGAAUUCCAAAUGAUGGUUCGGGAUAUGGAUUUGGAAGCAAGCUGUAGUUCCAUGACAGUUCCAAGUGGUCUUUCGGACGUCAGCUCCAGUAGCUCCAGUGCCCGCAGUCCCCCGGAGCGUCGAUGUUCUCCUCUUGAUCCCUGCGCUCUUCAUUGCUGCGAAGCAGGCCUCGAUCGUCCUCCGUACGCGCGUGUUAAUCCCGAGGAUCGUCGGUAUGGCGUUGUUAUAAUGAAUGAAUGCGAUCCUUGUGAUUGCCGUUUUAAUUCUGUCCUCGAGUUUCUGGCCCGUGCCUUUCAUGACGCGGAGGACGUUGCCUCGCUGAGCUUCAGUGAGUGCACCGCGGCCGUGUCCUUCGACUGUCUACUGGUGAUGGUCUGCAAGGAUAGCGACACCAGCGACUGGCUUAUCCGCACAAUGCGAGCCAUGAGCCCACCCUACAAGUGUUCCAACUUCAUAAAACACUUUGAACUGGUGCGCUGCUCCUUUGUGAUUCCGAUGGUCAACGAAGAGAAGCUGUGUCGUGUAUUUGGCAUUAUAGAAAAAAUGAAUGCCUGCCUCGAUACUAAGAAAUGGUGUGUCGUGCGACAGACCCUUUUGGAAACCUGCUCGGAGGAUUACGCUUCGAAAGUGAUUUACAAGGGACAUAAUAACUAUGAGGUUGUCGUCUACAUGGACAAGGCGUCUAGGGAUCACAUCCUCAAUAAGUGCGGGAAAAUAAAGUUCCUUAUGUGGCACUUGCCGGUGGACUUCUGCACCGCCUUGCCAUGCCAAUGAGUUUCCAGAUGUCGAGUUCACCCUGUAGCAAUCCAUGAGAUUCAUUGACCCAGGACCGUCGUUUGUGGUAUUCCCAAUGAGCUUCCAGAUGUCGCAUUUCCCCUGUUGUCCUCGCAAUGGUGGCAGUCCAUGAGAUUCUUUGCCUCAAGAUCGGCGUGGCAUUGCGUCCUCUUUGUACAAAUCAAGCAUUAUAUCGAAGAUAAAAGUUCUAGACGUUAAAAUUAAUUUGCUUGUUAUAGCGAGUAGUAUUUAUAAAGACUUUAAAAUACUAAACAAAAAAAAACCCUUUUUUUGCC